CACCAACCCUUCUCUAUCACUAUGACGGACGUCCUUAGCGCCCCUCAAUGGUCGCAAGGAUUUGGCGAUCUGCACAAUUUAAUAGCAGAAACCUUAAGAUCACCAUCACCGCCUGCUAUUAGGAGAUUGCGACAAGGAAUUGAAGCCUACCGUCCGCAAUUUUUGCAGUUGCUUGACGAUCCACCCAAGAAUCAAGAUCACAGAAACACCAUUAUUUCCGGUCGAGCAAUUAUCAAUGGCGAUCGCAAAAAGAUUAAUGAACAGUUUAUGAAGCAGACCGUGUUCCUGAGCGACCAACUUAACAUUGACGAACAUGUUGCAGCAUCUCUCAUUUAUACUGGAAAGUCAAACAUGACCAAGUUUGACAACUCUGAAGUUGAUAGUGCUAUUACGCUUUAUCAUAUGGAACGAGGUUACCUUUUGGAAUGCCUUAUUCAACUUGUUAUCAUGGCCAGAAAUGCAAACGUGGAUACAACCCUUCGAGAAACUAGCUAUACAUUUAUUGCCGGUCUUGUCAGCGAGUCCAUUUCGACCGAUAUCUAUAACAAGGCAAAAAUAGGAACUCUGCCGACCAAAAUUUUGGCCACUAUUGAUAGACUACAAAAGCAAAUCGAAUCCAUCGAGAGUACUGGUGCAUUAGAAGGCGCUCAACCAACAGCUGCGACAGGAGCACAGCCUGGAUUCGGAAAGCUUGGAACAGAAAUCUCCAACUUCAGACUGAGACGUCUCCGCGAUGAGCGUAUAGAUCUGGCCAGACUCCUGUAUCAUAUUGCUGCUUUAAUUGGCCUCGAUACAGACGAAACUAUAGCACUAGCAAAGAGUUUGAGAGAACGCGGAUCCAAGACAGAUAUUGGACAUUACCUUCUCAUGUGCUUUUUCGCUUCCACCAACAUGAACUUUGAUACCUCUAUCAGCAGCAUGAAUCAUCAAGAAACGAUUUGCCAAGAUACAAAGUUCAUUGAGCAGUUCGACCAAAUAUUAACAGGAGACGGCUGGAGUUCAGUUUCAAUCAGAGCUUCAGUGGCUCUACAAUGGUCUCUUUUCCUCGUUCAUGCUGUCAAGGCUCACUCUGACUUAAAAGACCGAUUACCUUUUGGAGAAGAUCGAGUGGCUGUCGUGGUCCAACGUGCAAUUGGUGACAACGUUUUCAAAUAUCUUGGAAAAGAAUUGUUAAGCUUUCAAUGCGACAAAGACAGAGCGUUCAACAAAGCAGGACGUUCGAAAUCCGGCAGUAGCGCAAGCGACUCAUCAACCAACAACACAGAAGUCUGUGAAAGCUUUAGAGAAGCUUUUAUUUACGAGAUUGAAGCCACAUCCAUUGCCUUCAUACAUCAUAUGUCAACAAUUCUACGACAGAUGAAGUUGGAUGAAGAAGAUGCUGAUAUCCCCAUGUACCAAAUGGGCAAUGCCAAAACUGCUAUUGUUCCUGCAGAGACAAGCCAAGUUACCUGUCAUGAUUUGGAAGAUUUCGUUAUAUUGCUUGCAAAUGUUUAUCGAAAUCGACCGGAGGCUGGACUCAAAUUCUGGCCCCCCAAUGACAAUGGCUUGAACAACUUUCUCAAGUGGAUUACAGAAGUUCGCGUGGUGGGCACAGUCCGAGCUGUGUAUGAAUUUUUGGCUUCACUGGCCACCGGCGAGAAAUGUGCUCUACAAACAUUUCACUUCUUUAGUGCUGAAGGUACCACUACCAAUCCUUCAUCCCAAAGCCUUUUCUCUUGGCCAAAACUUUUUGCUGCCAUCAACUUUUAUACACCACUAUUGAGUAACUACAACAAGGACUCACCAGCGACUUUGCCUUUGGAAGAAGAACGGGUUUUGGCCGCCUUUCUCCAUGUUUUCCGUCAAGUCAUUUUAUAUUCGGAUGUUGCCAAGAACUUCUUCUGGGAAAACGAGACUUUUGCUGCCUUGGCAUCUUUGAUCAACCUCUUGGGCUGCCCUACUACUCCAGCACUCCGCGCAUCUCUUUAUAGUUGCAUUGCAGCUUUUUGUACAGCCAAGGAUGAUGGCACAGAGAAUACCACAGCCAUUCGUUGCUCUCAGCAGAUAUGGCAGGUGCUCGAGGAUAGUGGCGUGUUGACUACAAAGAAGCAGAGACAAGCACUUGAGACGCAACAGCGACAACAACAGCAAACUGGUCUUUUGGGACAACCCUCGCAAAUCUUUGGCCUUCCAGGAAGUCAUCCUACUUCGACCAUCCGUGUUAGCAGCUCUCAUCAGGAAGGAGGCAUGGUCUACGAUAUUGCACAGGAAAGCAAACUCGGAACAUAUCCUGAAACGCUGGCUUUCAUCCACCUUUUACAAUCGUUAAUUCAUGAAGCCCCAAAGGCAACAGGAAAGAUGCCAGAACUGGUUUCCAUUUCACAGUCCAUUCCUGAUCGCUUAGGUGCAGCCACCCGCUCUCCUGGUACUGAACCCUACAUCUCUCUCAUCAUCGAUGAAGUGUUCUUGCCUGCUUCAAGUCGCAAGUACAACUACCCCACUGAGAAGUGGAAAGUCAUAGAGUCGUGUCUGGCCCUCUUUGAAAAGAGUUUGCUCACAUUUAAUCUGGGAUCUUUGAACAGCAGUCCCAAGAUGGGUAUGAGUACAGACAAUAUCCUCCUGACGUACAUCAGCCAUCCAGGAUUCGAAAUUUUGAAGCGAUUGCUGUCGGGCUCAAAGUUUACGGUGGAAAUCUUCAAGAUUGUAGAAUAUGGCGUUCAGGCUGUUCACGACAAUACUUUCCGGACUCAAUAUUUCACAAAGUGCGUUGAACGAUGUCUUUCCAUCAUCUCACAUACCUUAAAAGUGCAAAACACCUUUUGCAAUGUCUUGGUACAUCAAUUUAGCAAGAACUCGUCAGGACUUUCUGGCGCUGAAAUUUCAAUUGCUGGAUACAAGUAUCCCGCUUUACCAUCUGUCGUGACACUAGACACUUUCCUUCUUUACCACGCCAAUGUGAUUGUUCAAAUUGCGUUGUUUGUCAACUGCCAAGACAGUGAGCAAAUCAGUGUAUCCAGCAUCAGCAUCAUGUCUGCUUUGUCUGCAUCUCCAAACCUGUCACAGCUUCCUACUGAUUUGAAGAGUACCAGCAGUGGUCAUUCGAUUAUCAGUGGACUAGGUGCCAAGCUGACUCAAGUCCUGGCCGCCAGUCCCGACCAUCUAUCCAUUAUCCAUGGCUUUUUGGAACAAUUAGAGAUUGGCGAACCUGAAUCUAUUGGCUACAAUGAUUCUGACUUUGAUAGAUACAAUAUCCCUUUCUGGGUGACCAACGCAAGUUCUGAUAACUCCUCACAAGGCACGCUUACUUCAUCUGUUCGACUUGCUAUUGUCAAUUUGAUUCUCGAGAAUUUGGAUGGCAAAAGAUCAAAGCCAACCAUCGCUCACUAUAUCUUGGGAUAUGAUGUUUUUGGAUCCAUUGUCAAGACGGAUAUCAAGGAUCCUAUCUCAGCAGGUCCCAAAGUAUCGUGUCUUCAUGCCAUCUUGGCCUUGUUGCAGUCUGGUGUUGAUGGUAAUGCAGAAAGCAUUAGUGGUAUGAUGGACGAAGAGGAUCGAGAACUGGCUCCUCUUUACGCAACACAUCCUAUUCUGGCUGAGAAAUGUUAUCAAAUCAUCUAUAAGCUUUGUUCAAGUGAAGCCACGUCUCAACCCACUACAAGAUAUCUGCGCACUCGAGAAGACUUCUUCUAUGUUCAGUUCAAGGCUCUGCCUAGCAAGUUCUCAAGUCGGUCCAGUGGACCGGUAUCACCUUUCCAAGGCACGCUGAACUCAUCUGAUGGUACCAGUAUGGACAUUGAUUUUUUCAAUCUCAAGGCACUGUUGCAUUUGCGAACAUGGCUGCUCAAGUCUAUAGCGAUCGAGCUCCAUUUGACCACGUCAGCUGGUCAAAAGUCUUAUUCUAACCGGUUGAUGAGUCUACUGUAUGGCACCAACCCAAUACCCGACGAUAUGGAUGUGGAAAUGACGGACUAUAGCAAUUUCCAGCAGCCACUAGCCAAGAUGCUUGAAAUCUUUAGCUCUCUAGAUUUCACAUGGACAAGUCCAAUCACUGAAAAGGCCAAUGGAUUUAAAGCUCAAUACUACCGUGGAUUCUAUGCUGAAAAGUUCCAACAUGAAAAUGAUCAGGGUUGUCCACUUUAUGAUAUCCCUGCGGCCUACCACCAUCUCCGGUCGGAGUUGGACCGACAAAUCCAAGCUGGCACCAUCACUUCAGUCAACGAAAGUGCCUUAGUGGAAGAUGAAAUUCAACGUAUUUUGGAGGUUCUGAUUGCUCAAAACCAAAGCCGUGAGAUUGCGUUUGCUCGAUACCAUUGUUUGCGGGCAUGGAAACAAGUGGUCCAUUUGACCCUGACUGAGUGUCUCGACCUCAUUCCUUCUGAUUCUCGCGAGCACAUCUUAUUGGAUUUAAUCAACGCAUUGCUCCCCAAACUCACGAGCGACGCCUACAGCAUCAUCACCUACGAUAUCACAGAGUUGCUUUUGGCAUGCAUGACUCGACUUCGUGACCAUCAUCGCAGUAAGGGAGAUGGCGAAAUGAAACUGAGUUCACGACUUCCUGAUGAAAAACUCAAGAGCUUGUUCAGGGGUAUUCUCGAAUUCGGUAACACUGACUCUACCAGCAUUGCUAGUCGUGGCAACAUGUAUGUGACCUUGCUCAGCUUCUUACUGUACAUGGAAGAAAGUCGGAAACAAACUCCUUCCGAUCGUCUCAAGUCUCAUAUGCUCGCCGUCGUCAAUGCCGAUGGAGAUAACUUUAUACGGCAGCUCUAUAGAGAUGCUCAAGAUGGUGUCGAUGUUUGGCGAACGACCGCUAAUAUCACCUUGAAUGCUCUCAGCGCUAUUGUCGAUGUCGUCCCCGCUUCAACAUAAUGACAGUCGAAGAAAAAAGAGAACAAAUAAAAAUAAAAACAUAGGGGAUCUUUACCAGUACUUUUCCGUAUCCUAUACUGUCUAUUGAAAAUUAGGAACCAGAGCAGAGAGCCUGACAUUUAUUCUCGCAAUCAUUAGUAACUUAAAGCAUGGCAGGAGAAACAGAAGCAAACAUAUACACUCACAGUUAUCAAAGUAUGAAUGUAUGAGUUUAUUGAUAUCAU